GGGCCGAGAGGGUUCGGAAGUAGACCCUACACACAGCCGCUUGCAGUUGGCGGCAGGCGCCGUCGCACUGGUCGAGUCCGGUUGCGAGUUCUCAGCAAGUGGGCCGUGACGCUCCGGCUGGCUUCCGCCCGCAGCAGGUGUCGCCCCGCGCCGCGGCGCAUGGUGUCGGACUGCGGCCGCCGUGGCCGCCCCCGGCCUCCGCCCCCGGGCCCCACCCUCGCCCCCGCCGCCCCCCUGGCCACUUCGCUGCCGCCCCCGGCGCCGCAGCUAGUGGAGCGGCGCAACGCCAGGGAGCGACGCCGCGUGCAGGCCGUCAACUGCGCCUUCUCCAGGCUGCGCCGACUCGUCGCCUCCACCGCCGGCAGCGGGCGCCGCGUCAGCAAGGUGAAGACGCUGCGACGCGCCAUCGACUACAUCCGGCAGUUGCAGCUGCAGCUGCAGCUCCACGCCGCCGGCGAGUGCCUGCACCCGCAACGUCCUGACGUCGACGACGACGUCUCUACGUCGCCGUGGACACACAUCCCCGACUGCUGUGAAUUGCAGACGAGCGACAAAGAGAAUUCGACGUCGGGCCACCAGUUUCCGUCUCCGCAGCAAUGCCAGUAUACCGUUCCUCGGCAGGAGAACAGCGAUACUGACAAGGUGUGCGCGACAGGUAACUACAUGCAAGGUCUCGACUGCGAUUUGGAUGGAUUGCUGCGGGGCUGCUACCACCACCAACUCCUCUGACGCUUCCUGAAGACGCUUCUCUGCCACUCGCCAGGGCUGCACACUGAAAAUCGUACCCGAAGUCACCUAAGUGAACAUUUAGCUUUAGCAUCAGUGACGGUAGCGGCAGCAGAUCAGAUGAAGAGGAACGUGCGUGGGAAUACGUGAAGAAAGGGGACAUUUCGUCAUAAAGCCAAGCGUGCUUAGCGUAUACGGUAGAAGAGAAAGCUUAGAACUUCAGAAAUAACGCAGAAGCUGAUCGCACACUGUCUUCUUGGAAACUGCAGCUUACGAUUAGGCUGUUAGUGUAUCUUUUAGGGACACGACAUUUUCGCUUCGCUAGUCACCGUGCAGCGCACAUCACCAAAUUUUGUCUUAGUUCGUCGGUAUGCAAACACUUCUAGGAGCGUUGAAGAUCUAGUCAUCGCGAGUCAAAUAUAGUCAUCUAGCCCCUGUAACAAGCCACGGUACGUUUUCUGCUGAAAAGGCGAAUCACAGAAGUCUCACUUUCGAUAGGCCGAGUGGUUAAGAGACAAAACAGUACUUGAUCAGAAAUUUAAGAAUACACAGAGAAUUUUUGUCUUCUGAUUUCUAGAGCGAGUAUCUCAGAACUUCCUAGUGUAGAAUGCAGAACUCGUCCCUAGAUUAAUGAAAAUCGCAGUUACUUUAACAGUUUAAUUAAUUACAGUUCAAAAUGCAUUUUGGAAUUGCAGAAACUGUUAUUGGUAUUAGAAAUAAUGUUAGUGAAAGAAAGCAAGCGUGUGUCGUAGUGACAGGAAACCUGUGUCGUAGUGACAGGAAACCUGUGCUUAUUAAAGAUAAUAACUGCUGCAUAUAUCAUUCUAAGUAGGCGACGGCCUGUAAUUACACAUACCUCCAUGGUUUCGUUUCUUAUUUAUUAUUACAUUUUUCUAAUACUUUUAAUCACUAUCUCUAAAGGUAGACCGGACUGUUGGAGUCGGACUUUUCAUCCAAAUACGUAUAAGGGCGGUUGGCAGUGGAGCAGAAUGAGUCGCAAUUGGGAAUAUUUGAGAGGGCAGUAUCAGCUUCAGCAUUUCCUUUGUAACUAAGGGAGACCCUACGAAAACAUUGAUGGGAAACAGAGGAUGGAAAUCAUUUUUAACUUAAUUCUGGGUCAAUAUGAAAACCUAGUGUAAGUAUAGGAGUAUUUGUUUACGUCUACACCCAGAAAAGUCUAUGACGCUCGUCAUGUCGAGUGUAAAUACAUCGCUGUUGGUGCUCCCUAUGAUUCUGUUCAUAGUUGAGACAAUAAAUACAUUUUGUCGGAAUUUCUCUCCAUAACCACCGUGCUAACAUAUCUGUCUGAACAAAAUAAGUGCCUAUCGCUGUCACAUAACUAUGCUCCGUGACAAAAAAAAAAAAAAAACAAUAUAAGAAAAGAUGAAAUUUGGGAUUACUGUCGACGAAAGAAAGAUCAUUCGACGUAUCUUAUUUGAAGGCACGCAUCGUCAAGCAAAAACUCACAAAUCUGUUUUUAAAAGUAUUGCUAGAUAUCUCACCUUUUAGACUUCUACUAGUUACUCCUCCAGCUGUUGCUACACUAAUCUUUUUAUCUCUGUACAUGUAGUACAUCCAACGUCCUCAGUAACCUAUUCCAUUUAAUUCAACACUACCCUUCUCCACCAAAAAUACCAACUGAGAAAAUUCAGGUUUCAGGCUCAAAUAAUUGAAAUAAAACUCAGAGAGAUGCUUAAUUUUGAAGAGAUUUCGUAACUAAUUUGACUAUUACUUGAUGGCUUAUCAUAUGCCUUACUGACACAUCCGGGCAUCUGAUACACUUUUGUAUAAAGCUAUUUUCACAGUCACACUUACUAUUACCUCCAUAUUUAAUACCUCAUUUUGUCAUUCAGUCAAUACAUAUUUCUAUAAAAACGCAAUCAGAAGCUGCCCGUUUCGUGUUCCUCAGUUCCAUACCACCUGAUGAAAGAUACCAUUUGUUCAACAAAUUUUCUUGGAUCACAUUAAUCUGCUUCUGUUGCUUUCCUUGCUCUGACGAUUUACUGUAACAUUGAUUCGAAGAUAUCAUAAUUAUUUCGUAUUUUGUAGCGUAUUAGAUGUGUAACUAAAGAAAUGAGAUUGUUUUUUUCAACUGUUUUGUUCCAGUAAUGAUACAGCUCAAUAUAAUCCCUUACAGUGCACUUUCCUGUGGAUACCAUACAAUGCUGGAGACGAUUCUUCCAUGUCUCGUAACAGUGCUGUAAGUAGGAUACUGGAAUAACCUUUAGGUGGUCGAUUACAGUCAUUUGAACGUUGUCCAAGAUCCCAAAGCGACACCCUUGAUGUGCCUCUUCAAUCUCCUCACCAAUAAUGACAUGUCCCAGAAAAUAUGGAUUAUAUUCAAUCGAUUGUAAAACGUCAGCGCGCCUUUCUCUCCUGAGGUCCUGUUUGUCCUGCAUGAAUUUUCUCGGGACCAGGUUUGAAAAGAUUUUUCUCAUCCCCAAUUCGUUGAUAUGUCCUAUGCCUCAAUCAAUCUGGCUGUCAGUCGAUGAUCUGCACACACAAGAUCCCGGACUCAGUCGACAUUUGCGUCACUUCCUAAAACCGAAGGUCGUCAACUGUAUGGUAGAUCUUCAUUUGAUCGUCUUCCUUCUGCAAAUACCUUAAACCCCCGAAACACAUCGGCCCCCUGUCGGCCUCUCUAAGUUAUGCAACAGUUUCCUUUGCACUAUGUCCAAAUCUGAAGCAAAAUCUAAUAGCACACCGCUGCUCGAAAUUCGUGUCACUCAUUGUCAGAACGGAAAAGAAAACCUUCCUUCACUAAAAAAGGAUCGCUAGAGACAACGAACGAGACACUAGCUCGAUCUAACGUGCACUGAUGGCAUGUCACAUGUUCAGCUGCCUCCCCUCCUAGUCAGGCAUAAUCAGCGUUUCCGAAUCGAACACUACGCUGUCAGUCACAUUCCUUUAUUUACAUACAUCGUAUUGCCCCAAAUACAGAUGGCUGGAAAAUUCUUAUUAUGUCUUCAACAACUCUUCACUGCUUUCAUUCUAGUUUUCUUAUUGUUAAACCACCUCCUGUCGUAAGUUGCCCUUUUACUUUCGACGAGCGAAAAAGCUGUACUGAUUAAGUUGCUGGAUUUGUAUUGUAGAAGAGCAGGGUUUGAGUCCACGUGUGACUGGUCUAACACAUGUGUCGUUUCACUAAACACCCGAGACAAAUACCUGCGCGGGUACAGCAGCAAGACGAGGACCCAUUCCCUCUCCCAUUCUUCAUAGCUAAACAUGCAAGUUCCAUCUCAGUGACCUCUGUGGCGAUGAGGACUUUAUCCCUCUUUCCACUAACUGUCUUUUGAAGAUAAAAUAGCUUAUUCUUAUUUGCUGGUAAACGGACUGUAGCUCCACAAUCCUUAUGGAUCCCUUGCUCCAUUGACAGGCCUAUGCGAUGGCUUUAGGGAUGUAAUACAGAAUAUUCAAUUACACCAGCUUCCCGCCAGCUUUCUUCACUCUAUAUAGACUUUCUUUUUGUAAUGUCGCACAGAAUAGUUGUUUUAAGAGAUUUUUAAAAAUCUGCUUCUAAAAACUAACCUCAACUCCUACAUCCUAGUUGAGUGUUUACCGCACAUUCUACACUCGGUUUCUUCCCAGAUGUGCACGUAAACCUCGAUUUGCGUCUGUCACAAACACAGAGACUUAGAGCAUUUCCUUUAGCAGAAUUUCAACAGUUCUAUUCUUGUAAAAUUAUCAUAUUACGUCUCAGGUUUUCUCUGCAUACUAAGAGGAUGUCCAUUAAUUACGUGAGAUAUUUUUAUUUAUUUAUUUUUAAUGGGCCUCCUGCCCCCUUGAUAAUAGAUGUGGUGAGAUGUGCGACUGCCCUCCUUCCUCUCACGUGAGUUUUGCCCUCCAAUUUCUUAACAAUUAUAUUUAAUUGAUAUGUUCAUGUUUUUGCUUCAUACUACUAAAAUACCUAUUACGUUGCUCAGAAUUAAUUUUAUAAAAUAAUACGUUAUCCAUUAUAAAAAUGGAUAUCCUCGGAAUAUUCUCUAACAUUUGGCAACUUUCAAGAAAUAUGAACUUUAUUAAACUCGUUAUAAUGCAUCUUAAACGUAGUUCUCAUUUUCACCCUUAAUUUUACAGAAAAAAAUUAGUAGCUAAAUUUAGAAACUGUAUUAAACAGUAAAUUUAGCUCGUGAUUAAAUAUAUUUUAUUUUAAACGUGCCAGUCUUGAGUACAUUUUGAUGGUCGACAGGCAGAGACAGACGGUGGACAAAACGUUCCGUGAAAAUAAUAUUAACCUUUUUGAAGGGUCCCUAAAAAGCUGAUCUUCUGUUGAUGUAUUAUAUACAUUACAUGUCACGGAACGUUUACUUACUCUGCAAGUGAAAGACAAUACUCAUUGUACGUUCCUCUGAACCGUGUACGUAACGUUUCAGUCUCUUGAGUUAUGUGAUCAAUAAAAUAAUUCUCAUCGGUGAACGUCAGCUUACGUUUCUUCCACAAACGGUUAACGCCUCGGUGGCGCAUUUGUUUCGACUUGGCCGCAUGCUGCUUUCCAUACGCACUGUAAAAGUUUUGAUACAGAUUGAUUUUGAACACAGUGACAUAAAGAUUAUAUGCAUUGCAGAAUGCCACUAGUGACUCCAUCACUGGCACGAAGUGGUUUCGACUGGCACGGCAGGGAACUCCCCGAAUGAAAUCUCACUCUUGUUUCAAAUGGGGGAAUGCCGGCCAUGCAAUCGUGUCAAGCAUGCAGCUUAGAGAGGCCAUAAGUAUUGUCUGUGCUCGGAAUUACUUUCCUAAAACAAAAUAUUAACCUUUAUAAUAACGUAUAUUCUCUGAAUUAAAAAGUUGAAAUCAUAUUUUAACUAUUGCCCCCCUCCCUCGUGUCCGUAAAUGUGAUUUUUACGGAUGCUCCCCCCCCCC